AUGAACAAGAAAAAAAAACAAGAUUCCAACCCAGACACAAUAAUUCCCUUAAAAACGAAAACAUAUCUAUCAAUAGCAACAGCUAAGCUCAUACAUACUCCUCUUAUUCCUUCUUUAGUUGCAAGGAACCGGAAACUUUGCCUCACGUGUUACUCGAAAACAUGUAAGGAUAUGUUCGAUCCCGAAAACCUGAUCUGUUGUACCAAGUGCCGACAGUGCUUCCACCCAUCGUGUUAUGACCCUCCCUUGGCCUAUGAGGUAGUUAUAAGGUACCCAUGGCACUGUAAAAGAUGCAAGGUAUGUGUUAAUUGUGAUGAAAACAAGGACGGGACUCUCAUCAUAUGCGACGCCUGUGACCGUGGGUUCCAUAUAAAUUGCACCGAUGACAAUUUGGAAGAGAUACCAAGUGGUAGCUGGUACUGCCACGACUGCCAAUAUUGUAAAUUAUGCUACAAGAAACUGUCUGACAGCGAGGCCAGGUCAGACUGGUAUUCCCUGGAGGGAAACAAGUUGUGCAGGGACUGCCUGGAACUAAGAAAUGUCACGGAAAUAUCGAUCAGUGUUAAGUUCUGUUCAGUAUGCUCCAAGCUUAUGAACUCGAGAAGCAGUGCUGGCAACGGUAGAAUAACCUGUAGCAAGUGCACACAAGGAACCCAUACCAAGUGUUCUAAAAGGGAAAUGGGCCACAGUAACAAUUCCCAGGCUCUAAACUGGAUUUGUAACAACUGCCUGAAAGUAGAAUCUUGGAGAACAACAAUCGACUAA